CUGUCAAGGCGCUUGCGCAAGAGGCUCGCAGACCGGAAGCGGCGAGGGUGGCUGGCGGAGAGGACAGGAAGGCAGCUACGGGGAUUGUUUGGGGCUCGUCACAGCGCGGCCUGCGACGCAUCCCGGCGGUUUGGCCGGAGAGCAGCGGCCCGGUCCGGCCAUGAGUUGCCGAGGCGCGCUUCCGAGCGAGCGAGGAGCCCGGCAGAGAAAGAGAAGACGAAAUGGCAUCGAAGAGGAUGGGCUGAUACCACAAACAAAACGCAGCAGCCGAAAUGCUGUUUUUCAGGAUUCAUGGGACACAGAGUCUUCAAGCAGUGAGAGUGGCAGCACUAGCAGUUGCUGCAGUAGCAGCAUAAGCAGUCCUGAUCGAGGCAGCGGGCCAGAAACCAGCCCUCCCCAGAUCAUGCCUGGAUCAAGCCCUGUGACGCCUCCUCAGUCCUUUCUUGAGCAGUCUGCACUAUGCCAAGGCCCUUACUUCCACAUCAACCAGAUUCUGAAGGAGGCGCACUUCCAUAGCUUACAGAGCCGGGGCCGUCCUCCAACAUGAUGAGUCCAGCAGUUCCCUGCCUUCUGUGAAGGGGGACGAUGCGGCAUGGAGUGAGGAGAGAUUUCAACUUAAAAGUUUGUUAAAAUUGCACAAAAUGCCUGUUGCCUUUUUAGUCUGCAUUUGGAAUAACAGGUGAGCAGGCAGUUGUUUACGUGUGAUUUGCUGCACUAUUGCAAUGCAAAAGGGGCUUUGGAGCAAUUUUUAUAGGAUUCUUUUGUUGUGGGGCAGCGGGGUGGAGAUCUUUGACGUGUCAUGAUGGUUUUAAGAAUCCACCCCUGUAUUACAGGAGUGCAUAAUAAGUCCAGUCUGAAAAGUUAAUCUGUUCAAUAGUAAUUAAUGCUUUAUGUAAAAAUCCUUCAAACAUUUUGUGUUCAGUUUUAUAAGUCUUUUUUUAAUUUCAAUAAAUAGUGAAUAUGUUUUUAUGGUAAUUUAAUCUUUCCAGAGGCUCAUGUACAUUAUGGCUAUUUAGAAACAGUGUUAAGAAGAAUCUAUAGAGGGAGAAGGAUUUUUAUUAUUAAAGUCAGAACAGGAGUGUAAACAA